GGUUCAGUCUUCAGACUCUUUAGCCCAGGCCAGUCGUAUCGCAGAGCGAUGGCUGAACGGUGCGUCAACGAACAGGUAUCAGCUGCGAGUACUGACAGGAAGGCUUCGUCAACGGCCGGUCAGCCACUAUGCUGGCAACACCGGCUGUUUGGCAAGCAACUCGCGCGUUGUAAUUACGUUAAUGACACGAGGAAGUCAAUCGACUCGGCAGCCGCCACUCUCGUCCACGAGGACGGCCGUCCGGCCUGCGAGAUCGUCGGUAUGUACUUCAGCUUCGUGAAUCCUGGUGCGACCUGCGACGACUUCACUCGUCAACUGGUUGAGCUUUACGCGAGUGUCAACGGCGGAGGCGGUGGUAGCGGCGAGAAGAAAAAGAAAUUCGAGGUGGUGCACGUGGUCCUCUGGAGUAACGUAACCGAGGUGCUCGACUUUGACGAGAGCUUUCGCACCCACGUAGCCGAUCUACCUUGGCUUGCCGUGCCGAAUCGUGACUACGAAAGAAAAACCAGAUUGACUCGAAGAUAUCGGAUAAAAGCGGGCGUACCGACGUUGAUUUUACUGGAAGCGUCCAAUGGGUCCAUUGUGACAAGGGGAGGAGUUGAGCGAACUAUCGCCGAUCCUACCGGUGCGGAAUUCCCUUGGAGACCUCCACAUCCGAAAGCUGCUCUUGAGGAUGGACCUCUUCUGUCGUGCGGCGCACGGGACAGUAAUGAGCCUAUGUUGCACGAGGAGCUUCGCCACUGUUUCAAGGGGAUUUAUUUCAGUGCACAUUGGUGUCCGCCUUGUAAAGCAUUUACCCCACAACUCGUGGAUACGUACCAACGAAUUCAGGAGAGAGGCCAUGAUUUUGAAGUAAUUUUUGUGAGUUCGGACAGGAGUGAGGAUUCCUACAAUGCAUACACGGAAACAAUGCCUUGGUUGAGGAUACCUUUUAAUCAAGAAGAAAGACGUCGAAAAUUGGCAAGAGCUUUCGACGUUCAGGCAAUACCUACUCUGGUCAUUCUAGAUCCUCGCGACAAUAUAAUUACUCUGGAUGGGCGCGCCGAGUUAAUUGAGGAUCCAGAGGGACUGAAUUUUCCUUGGAGCAGUAGAUUAGUGAAUAUUUUAACAGAAAAGUAUGCUACGUCGUUACACGAUGCUCCAGCUAUUAUCUUAUUUGUUGAGGGAGAAGAUUGUGAGAUUCAAUUUGGAGAAAGCGUAUUACUACCAGCUGCACAAGCGUAUAGAAGAGAUCAACCUGAUUAUGAUCUAAAUUAUGAUGAUCCUGAUGACAAUUCUUUGCAGUUUUACAUAGCUUUAGACUGUGAAACAUCGGAUAUUCUUCGUGAAUUUAUUGGUUUGGAUGAUGCAGUACCUCUUUUAACCGCUAUCGAUAUUCCGCGAGGGUUGUAUGUCGUAAUGGAAUACGGUGCCGAGAUUACCAUGGACUCUGUACAACAAUUCAUCGAUGGAUUUCUCAAUAAUAAACUGCCGAUAAAUAAAAUAGCGGCAGUGCAUAAAACAUCAAAAACAAACGAACGUAUGCCGGUCUAAAGUCAUAUAAAACGUUAAUUAGAUACACACAAAAUUUGUACUUGACAAAUUUUAUAAGAAUUGUUCAAACAAAAAAUAUCCCUUCCUUUUUUUUAUUCCUGUCUCUGUGAUAUCAUCGUUCUUUACAUAUAAAGAGAUUCGUGUAUAUAGGUAUGUACUUGGGCUGCGUUCAAAGUGCACCUGUAUAUAUCAUUUUAUCUUUGUUAACGAAUAUUAAACAAAGAUAAAGAAUAUAGGUGCACCCAGGUAAAAUUUCCUAACGCAGCCUUGUUCUUAUAUGAUUCUUCGCGGAUGAAACAAAAGAAUAUGUAUUAUAUCAGUCAAAACUAAAUCGAUCAAAUUGUAUUUUUAAGUGUACGUAGAUGCACACGGAUACAUUAAUAUUAUAUAUUAUAAAUUACUAAAUAAAUACCGGAUAAGCGCA